GCUCUACAUCCGACCACUUCCUGUAUAGCUGAAGGGUGGGACAGGCGGAAGUAGCAUCCUACGGUGCUAAUAUUUUCUCUCGCUGAGCAGUUGGACUGAUAUUUAUCACUCAACAUGCCGGCGUAUCAUUCUACUUUAAUGAACUCCGAAACCAGGCUGGUGGGGAACAUGGCUCUGCUCCCCCUCAAAACCCAAUUCAAGGGACCAGCUAGAGGAGACGGCAUAGAUUCAGAUAUUAUUGAUGAGGCUAUCUACUACUUCAAGGCCAAUGUUUUCUUUAAAAAUUAUGAAAUUAAGAAUGAGGCAGACAGGACGCUGAUCUAUGUCACACUGUAUAUUUCUGAAUGCCUAAAGAAGCUACAGAAGUGCAGCUCCAGGGGUCAGGGAGAGAAGGAGAUGUACACCCUGGGCAUCACUAACUUUCCCAUCCCUGGAGAACCUGGAUUCCCUCUCAACGCUAUGUAUGUUAAACCUGCAAACAAGCAAGAGGAAGAAACCAUGAGGGCGUAUCUCCAGCAGAUCCGUCAGGAGACUGGCUUGAGGCUAUGUGACCGUGUGUUUGACCCCCAGACAGACAAACCCAGCAAAUGGUGGGUGUGCUUUGUCAAGAAGCAGUUCAUGAACAAAAGUCUAUCAGCUCCCGGACAGUAAAUCCCUCAGGACCACCAGUUUCUAUUCUACACCUGCAAGAUGAAUGGAUUAAUGUUUUUGGGUGGGUGGGUGGGUUGAGUGGGAUGGGUCUGCUUUUUUUUUUGUUGCUUGGAUGAUUUUAUACUCUUAAAGUUUGAGGAAAUGUCUUUGUCUGGAUGUGAAUCAUAUUGAGCUGGUGCUUAAUGCAAUAAAAAAAAAAUCAUGGUGAGUGAAGGACA